AAUGAUGUGGACAUGGAAGAGGAGGAAGAGGUAGUCAGGAGAAAGGCCACAACAGGCCUUUGGUGGGAGGAAUGUGGAGAAGAUGGCCACUGUGACACACUAAGAGGCAGCAUGGUAAACAGCCGCAGUUGGGCCGAGGAGCUCCAGGAUAUCUUUGCACCACAGACGGAGGACUGUUACAGUGGAGGGCGAACCAGACUGCCCAGCAUCUCUGCCCAGAGGAAUGACAGAGAGUCCAUCAGGCAGAAACUUGCCCUUGGCAGUUUCUAUGACGACGAGCCCGUCAUCUACACCAGCUGCAGCAAGAACGGCCUCUCCUCCCGACUGCAGAGUGGGGUGAACCUGCAGGUGUGCUUCGUAAACGACAGCAGCAGUGACAAAGACAGCGAUGCUGAGGACAGCAGGACAGAGACCAGUCUGGACACACCCUUAUCACCUUUGAGCAAGCAGAGCUCAUCGUUAUCGGACCGGGACACGGCGGAGGAGGACUCUGACCCGCUGGAUGACUGCGGCGGGUUCUGGCGGGUGCAGAAGAGGCUGCAGGAGGAGGCCCGGGUGGCGCUGGCUCUGGCUCGACCCAUGGCCCGAAUGCAGGUGGAGGUGGAGAGGCAAAUCCAACUGCACAGACGCUCACCUGUGGCUGACCUGCUUCCCCAUCUGCCCCACAUCAACGAGGGCUUGAUGAAGAGGAACCUGAGGCGAGGGGACAUGAGGGACAUGAGUCUGGGACAGCUGCAGGUCAUCACGAAUGACUUACACUCACAGAUUCAGAGUCUAAAUGAAGAGCUGGUGCAGUUGUUGCUAAUGAGGGAUGAGCUGCAUGUGGAGCAGGACGCCAUGCUGGUGGACAUAGAGGAUCUCACCAGGCACGCUCACAGCCAUCAGCGGCACCAAGCAGAGAAAGCUAUCUCUAAAUAAACACCUCGUCUACACGUGUCCGUCUGCACGCCAUCUUACCUCCUGCUCCAUAGACUGUCCCCAGUGUUACUAAUAAAAACUCCAUCUGUGCUGUUUCUGGAGAAUUCACUAUACCUGUACUGUAAUAUUAACACACAGACACCGCAUCAUGUAUUGCAUCACAAGAUGUUGUUGAAGGACAGGGCAUCUCAAAAGAGGCUGAGUGAUGGCUGGUUUCAGUAUGGACACAGUUGCAUUGUGCAGGCUUUUCACCACCACUCAGCACGAUGAAUCAUGCCAUAUUUUAUAGAAUAAGUUGAAUUCUUUCAAUGUAAUUGCAUCACCUAACCCCGAUUUACCUCUUAAUGAUUUUUGCACAGUACACUCGUGUAUGUUAAUGCUGGGUGGGAGAGAUCGCCUGCACAUCCCUGUUUCUCCCAUGACUGGAAACGUAUCAACUUUUAGGGGCCACACCUUGCUGAAUUUGUCUUUUCUUUGUUGUAUAGCUCACUUGGUAGAGCUGGCGGUCCAUGUAUUGGGGGACCCAGGAUCGAAUCCGGCCUGAAACCAUUUACGCUAGUCAAAUAAAAAGACAAGAUAAACCUAUAUUGAUAUCUGUAGGGAAUUGCAGGGGUCAUAGCAGCAACAGCAAUAAGAGACAAGGUAACACAGGAUAAUGCAGGUGAAAGUACACACAGAGAUAAUAAGAAUAAUAAUUAAGAAAACACAUAAGUUAAUGCCUUUAUGUACUCGGUAUAAUAGACAAAAUGACAACAUAUGGUUUGAACAAAGGGAUAAUAAAGGAUAAUUAUAAACAUGUAAAACAAAUUAAUCACAACCAAAACAUAUCUAUUUUAUCUGUUCAAAGGGUUUAUAGACAUAUUGUAUGUACAUGUUAAAAGAUGCUUUAUUAAAAAGGAUGAAAAACAUGCCUUGUUGUCUGGCUGUGUUUAAGUGUUUUCACUCGCUUUUUAGGAAUGUUAUUUACCACAAAGUUACAUUUUCUUUUUCUAUGAUAUGCUUCAUCGAUUAAUGUACUUCAAAAAUGAUUGUAAAAAAACUAAACUCCAGUAAUAAAUGUUUCCAUGGUGUGAA